GUUGGGGGAGUAGGAGAGAAGACACCCGUCGUAGAGCCCACAGGAAGAGUGGAGGGAAACUCCACUAUUUACAGAUUCUUAAGCCAGCAAAAGUAUCUCCAUCAUCUUCUAUCAGGAAGACAGAUUCAAAGAGGAUCCCAGCAGCAACAGUCCAAGACAGGCAUUUCCUGUGGUCAAGUGGAUAAAAGCAGCCUGUAGCCAUGGGACAGGCCCUGGGUAUUAUGAGUUGUGACUUCCAGGCAGCAAGAAACAAUGAGGAACACCACACCCAGGCCAUCAGCUCCCAGGACCUAAUCGUAAGGCGGGGGCAGCCCUUCACCAUCAUACUGCACUUCCGUGCUCCAGCUGGUGCAACUCUUCCUGCCCUGAAGGAGAUGGUCUUCAUUGCACAAACUGGAGAGCAGCCUUCCAUGGCCAACAGGACCCAAGCCAUAUUUGACAUCUCCAGCCUGAGGAACCAAAAGCAGUGGAGUGUGGAUGUGGAGGAGAGAGAUGAUCAGUCCUGGACUAUCUCUGUGACGACGCCUGCAGAUGCCAUUAUUGGCAAAUACUCACUCCUGCUGCAGGUCUUGGACAAGACACACUCCCUGGGCCAGUUCACACUGCUCUUUAACCCCUGGAGUCGAGAGGAUGCUGUGUUCCUGUGGAAUGAGGCUCAACGCAGCGAGUACUUGUUGAACCACAAUGGCCUCAUCUACCUGGGAACGGCUAACUGCAUCCAGACAGAGCCCUGGGACUUCGGCCAGUUCGAGAGGGAUGUCAUUGACCUCAGCGUGCGCUUGCUGGGCGAGAACAAGCAGAGGGAGAAGUGGAGCGACCCCACACAUGUGGCCCAGGCAGUGGGCGCCUUGCUGCAUGAUCACAAGAAGAAGUGUGUCCUGCCCACCCUGCAGACCCAGGAUGCAGCCUUGCUGACCAAGCGCCGGGGCAGUGUGCCUAUCCUCCGGCAGUGGCUCACAGGCCAAGGGCGACCUGUGUAUGAUGGUCAGGCCUGGGUGCUGGCCGCUGUGGCUUGCACAGUGCUGCGCUGCCUGGGAAUCCCUGCCCGGGUCAUUACCGUGUUCUCCUCAGCCCAGGGAACCGGCGGGAAGCUGAUUGUAGGUGAAUACUGCAAUGAGGAAGGCCUUCAGAACGGAGAAGACCAGGAAGGCCGAAUCUGGAUCUUCCAGACUUCCACAGAGUGCUGGAUGGCCCGGCCUGAUUUGUCCCGAGAUUAUAAUGGAUGGCAGAUUCUGUACCCAACUCCUCGAGGAGUUCUGGAGGCCUAUGACUUGGUCCCAGUCAGAGCAGUCAAGGAGGGGAAACUGACUCUGACCCCUGCAGCAGCAGACGUUUUUGCUGCAGUAAACGCCAAGUGCAUGGUCUGGAAGCGCCAUGACGAUGCAACACUGGAGCUGACCGCCUCCAACACCAAGUAUGUUGGUGAUAACAUCAGUACCAAGGGUGUGGGCAGCGAGCACUGUGAGGACAUCACUCAGAACUACAAGUAUCCUGAAGGAUCUCUUGAAGAAAAAAAGGUGCUGGAGAGAGCUGAGAUGGAGAGAGCUGAGAUGGAGAGCACUGAGGAGAGAGCCGAGAAGGAGAGAGCUGAGAAGGAGAGAGCCAAGAAGAGAAUGGAACAUGAGACUGUAGAUCGUUUGUACCUGUUUUUGGAAGCACCCAGCUCCCUGCCCCUGAGAGGGGAUGCUCAGUUCUUUGUGACCCUGGUUAACCCCAACAACCAGGAGAAGACAGUGCAGCUCACGACUGAGGUCCAGGCAGUGUCCUACAAGGGUAUCCUUGCUGCCAAGCUCUGGAGGGAGAAGCAGUCCUUCACACUCAGCACCAAGCUGGUUGACAGAAAAACCUACAGGCUAUCCUUCUCCAGUUUUGAGCAAAACCCACCUGAGAACAGCUUCCUCAGACUGACCGCCAUGGCAACAUACUCUGAGUCCAACCUCACCCUCUUUGCUCAGGAAGACAUCGCCAUUUGCAGACCACACCUUGCCAUUGAGAUGCCAGAGAAAGCAGAGCAAUAUCAACCUCUUAAGGCCUUUAUCAGCAUUCCUAACUCCCUAGAUGCUCCCAUGGAGGACUGUGUGAUCUCCAUCUAUGGAAGGGGGCUCAUUCACAAAGAGAGGACCUACAGAUACAAGACUGUGCGGCCUGGACGCACCUUACGCACCCAGUUCCAGUUCACGCCAACGCGUGUGGGAGUCUGGAGGCUCACUGUGGAAAUGGACUGCAACAUGUUCCAGAACCUAACCAACUACAAAAAUGUUACUGUGAUAGCCCCUGAACUUCCAGCUUAAAAAUCCAGCAGCUCUAUCACCACUCUUCCUGACCACCCCCUUGAAGCUACAAUCGUAAAGCCAAACACAUGUUGGGAAGGGAAACUGCUCAUCAGACAAAUGAAUCCCAAUAUUCGGGACGAGUAGAAGAGUGACUAAAGCUGGACUAGAUUACCAUUCAUUUCUGUCACCCCAGCUUAAGGCAGCCAGGAACGCCAGUUGUCGCAGAACUACCGGGCCUGAGCAAUAAGAAACCUUUGAAAAGGUACUCAGAUAAGUACAUUCAGAUUUCUCGGGUUCAGGGUUUUCACAACCAUUUUACUGCUCAUUAACACAACAGCUGAUAGAUAAGCGAAAGCUUCUAACAUUUAAGUCAUUCUUGUAUCUCUGAUGAAGUGGAACAAUAUUAGCUAAAAAUUGGAUUUUUAGGUAAUCCUAAGAUUAAACUGAUUGUUGCUAUUACCCUUAAAGAUCCAAAGAUGACUGAACAAACUUAUAAAAUAGACAAGACCUGAGAGCAGAAUGAGCUUCUAGAUUCAACUACAGAUAAGCCUUUAUUCAAGUUCUAUAUUCAUUAAGCAUCUCAUAAUUAAAGUCUGAAGAACCAUGAAUCUGGUCCAGUUAGAGAAAUAUAAAAUUAAGUAUAUAGAAAAUAGGGCCUAUCAGGAAAAAAGAAAGAACUGGAUUCCUUCUGUACAAACUUAUGUUUUUUUUUGCUUUGGCACUCUAGUAGUUUGAUUUUAGGAUGGUUCCUUCUCUUCAUGACACUUGUUAAAAGUACGGAAUGGCAUUUUUAAAAAAAGUAAAUUAAAACUCAUUUGGCUUAAGGAAUUUCAACCCAAUACAGACUACUCACUCAAAAGAAUAAGUGCAGUUGCUGACUAUCCCUAGAGAGAUGGUGGGGACGUGAGCACAGCAGAUGUGGAGAAUCACACCUACAGAAGGAAGAGGAACAGCAUUAGAGGUGGGGGAUCCUGUAGUACAACUCAGGCCAUCAGAAUACUCAUCAUUACAAGUGGGACUUGCUUUCCAAUAUGUGAUCUUCCAGACUGAUGCAGAAAUAGAAUUAAGUGAUGAUGAUUUUGUAAAAAGACUAACUGAAAAGGCUCUUAAAAUUAUAUAAACUAUCUAUAUAUAAAAUUUUUUUUAAUUUAUAAAAAUUUGGUAUUUACAUUUGUGGACACAUGUACUAUACAACAAAGAGAACAAUGUAAGCGUGUAUAAGGAAAACAAACUUGUUCAUCAGGGUGGACAAACCUAAAAGAUGAGCCCAAAGCCAAAAAAUAAUUUUAGAGGAUCAAGUAACCUGGAAUAAUAUUCAAAACGGCUUACUGAUUAAGAGUGAUGUGAUAUUAUAUAACAUGCUGAAGUAUUAAGAGGAGUUAGAGAGCCAUCUUUUCUAAAUAGUAUUUUUGUUCUAAAUAUACUUCGGAUUAGAAUCAGAUCUUUAGACCCAUAAGCCCAAAUGAAAGCAAUGUUCUAGUCUCAACCCACUGUAUUUCUGGUA